AGUGUCGAUAAUACCAUAAUGUCCAUUGCCAAUAUUGAAGUAUGGUUUCUUUAACAUUUUAUCAACACAUUGGGCGAUAAGGUGUGAAUUUUAAGGUACAGUCACGCUACAAUAAAACAAUCGCGUGACAAUACAUUUGUGUCUCAUAUGAUAUCGAGGGCAAAGUCACAAACAAGUUUAAUCCGUUGUGAUAAGGUCAGUUUCUUUACAGAGGCUAAAGAUGGCGGGAGCUCAACGCUCCCUCGCCGUAAUGGCGUUUUUAGGUGUCGUCUGCCAAGCUCUUGGAACCAUAGUGGAAUGUCAGCAGCCUGUCUCCUCUCGCAGUUCCGUCUAUGAUUUCACGGCUCCCGACAUCUAUCAAACGAGGAACAUCACUUUGUCGGAGUAUCGCGGCAAAGUUUUAGUCAUCACAAACCUGGCGUCUUUCUGAGGUUUAACUCCCAUGCACUACCUGGGGUACAAUGCACUAAAACAGAAAUUUUCCGGGAAACAGUUCGAAGUCUUGGGUUUUCCUUGCGAUCAGUUUAACUUGCAAGAACCGGGAGACACAGCCACUGAAAUUUUGAACACCAUCAAGUAUGUCAGACCUGGAAACGGAUACGUUCCAAACUUCCAAAUGUUUGCCAAACUGGAGGUCAAUGGAGAGAAUGAACAUCCCCUGUUUACAUAUCUAAAGAAGUACUGCGGUCCGACACAGGACGAGUUUGAGGACGAUUUAUUCUACAAACCACUCCGUGUCAGCGAUAUCAGAUGGAACUUUGAGCAGUUCGUCAUCAACCAGCAGGGUAAACCGGUCGUGCGUUUCUCACCGGAAGUCAACCCCCUUAAUCUCACCACAGUCAUUUCAUCGUUACUACCACAUUCUGAUAAUGAAUUUAUCAGCAAUGAAAUUCCAGAAGUGCUGUAGUAUAUGACCAUCUCGUAAUACUCACACUAUUUUGCGAAGGUUAACUUUUAUUGAUUGGUUGUUUGUUUAUUUCACUUUUAGUGAAGAUGUAAAAAUAAUGCUCAUACACACUGGUACUUGAUGACUUCAUUUCUAGAAAGCACCUGUUGGAAAUGAAUGAAUAUUAAAUGCAGUUUUCACUUUGUGCAUUGUGUGAAAGGCUGCAUUUAUAUGUGUCAUUGUGUGUAAAGAGCGUUUAUUAGAUCUUCACUACUAGCGUGAUCUUAAUUGUGAGUACUGAAAUAAAAUCCUAAAAGUUCC